AUGGCUGCACCCGUUGACAUCAAGCAGGCCAUAAUCGACUCCGUUUUCUCGAGGAGAAAUGCUAGUGGUGGCUCGGAGGAGAGUUACAUUUCCCAUGUAAAGGUAUGGGAGGAUGCGGGACCCGAGGCAGGAGAGCUCAAGCAUCGGUAUAUCUUGCUCGCUCAGGCCAGUAAUGGAAGCGGCUUCAUCCACAAAUCCAAGCUGAACUCGAAUGGGUCGUUCUCGGUGGGCAAGACGUGGAGGCUACUUGAACUUCGCGGUCUCGAAGUACUCUCUCCUACAGUCUUCAACAUUACGCUCGGCAGGAGUUAUAGGUGGCAAACGGAAAACCCGAAGGACCAAGUCCAGUUUCUCUGGGCAUUGGUGGAUCUAUUCCGUAACGUGAGUAAUGGAGCUGCUUUACAAUUAUCGGGCAUGCCGGAACGUCCAGUCGUGCGACAGGUCGACUCAGGACGGAGCGCUCAAGUACCUACAACCCCGACAUCUUCUCGUGCGCCAGGUUCUUACCAGAGUCAACGAGAACCCAGACCUUCCAACUCCUCACUAGACCGAAACGGAUACGACGGUAUCCCAAACUCUACGUCAUCAACAGGUCGAAGUAGAGCAGCAUCUCAAUCACGUCGCAGACCCUCGCCCCAACCCUCUCGGGCGGCCUCUCCAGCUGAAAGCGUACCCCCACCCCGGGUACCCACGCCUUCAUCCCAGGCUCAAUCAGGAACGCCCCGUCCAUCAAGAGCACGUCGACCGUCGAAUGCUGGGUCCUCCACCCGAGAGUCCGUGACAUCGAAUGGUUACCCUGCCAUCAAUGCCCCCCCGAGUGCAAUGCCGACUCAUUCAUCGGUCUCGACAUUCACAUCCUCCAUGAGAUCUUCACCAGACGCCAACCCGAACCUACUAUCCUCACGACCAUCCUUCGAUGCAUCAGCAUCAGCAACCUCCCUUGUGCCCUCCGUAGCUUCACGGACUCCAACGACACGUUCUGUAUCUCCUGCAGUAAACGGCAGAACGGUGCCCUCUCGUGGUCCCAGUCGUGGCCCUAGUCCUGCGCCACAACAACAACAACAACAACGGCGAGACCAUAACGCUCGAGUUUCGUUCUUCGAUCCACCAAAUCAAGCAGCGCUCGACCGUCUCGUGUCAGAAGACCCAGAAGCGGAUGGUGGUGAGGAAGAGAGCACGCAGGCGACGAUGGCCAGCGUCGAGGAGAUGUUAGAGGGUUAUGAGUGGGCGAGCGACGAUAUCAUUGGACGUAAGAGGACGAGGGGCGCAGUGGAUCAGAUCGAGGCUCGAUUGUUGGAUGAGCUCAUGGCGCUUGAGAAGGCGAACAUUCAUUCCUUCAUCGAAUCGGACGACCGAGUAGGCCUUGUUCUCAAGUAUAUGGACGAGGCGAUAGCGGAGUUGGAUAACAUGGAGAGCUCGAUCUCAUCUUACAAGAUUCAUCUGAAUGCCGUAAACGACGAUAUCUCGUUUAUUCAGUCACAGAACCGAGGUUUGCAAGUACAAACACAAAACCAACGCGCUCUUUUGAACGAAUUGGAGCAGCUUCUGCAAACCGUACAAGUUGACCGCGAUGCCCUGAUCACGCUCACACAAGAAUCUUUAUCGGAGCCGAGGGGUAUUCAGCGACUCGAAGAAGCUUUGACUGAACUCUAUAAGGCCCUUCAAGCUGGGCGAGACACAGAUAUGGCCGCGACGAUGGAACGACUGGACGAGUAUCGCACACACAACGCGCAGUUCUGCAAACGGCUGAACGAUUACUUGUCGAUCAUGUUCACCGCACAGUCGAAGAUGCUCUUGGGUGAAAACGAGGGUGUAGCCCGCGGACGUGGCCGGUUUACUUUGCUCGAUCGCAAGGAAAUGGAGAAUUACCUCGGGCGUUACAGCGGAUUGAUUCUGUACCUCAAAGAGAUGGACGAGGGUGCCUAUGCUCGACUAUGUGCUGACUACUUCUCAGCAUCCAGUCAGCUCCACAGAACACAGAUCAGCGCCCUCCUUUCGCUGUACGGUGCCGCUGUCAAGAAAGGUCUGGAAGAGGAAGGUGAUCAAGCAUUUCUGCUAUCGGGCGGUACUGCGCAGAAAGCUGGUCAACCGAGUGGUCUUCGCCGUGCAGGGACCAUCGUUCGCUCUCCGCUCGACAGAAAAGACAAGGACAAAGCUCCAGACGGCGACAUGCCAGCCUCUGAGGCCUUUGGUAGCGUCCUCGAACAAAUCGCACCCCAGGUCUAUCGCGAACAGGAGUUCAUCGCCGACUUUCUCCAGAUCAACGAGGCCUCGCUCACUUUCGCGGACUACAUGGGCUUGGAGAACUACUUCAGACGACAAGCGUCUCGGGCACCAGGGCUGAGCCAGUCGACGAUGAAGCUCGUCCGUGGAGCGUUGGAUCUGAUCUUUGGGUUCUUGCCGGCGGAGAUGAAGGCUUGGAUUGACGCUGCACUGGCGAAAGAUAAUAUCCAGAUUAUCGGGAUCCUGGCGGUGCUGGAUAGGUUCUUAUCCGAGGCGGACGAGAGGGGAAACACUUUUGUGAUGAACUUCCUAGAGAAGCAGCAGACUCGAUUGAAGGCCCUGUUCGACCGUCAUGUGAACAGUCAAAUCAAAGCGGUCGAAGACACGAAGCUAACGAGCAAGAAACGGAAUGGUGUAGCACCCUUCAUCAAGUCGUUUCCCAUCUACGUCUCCCGAGUCGAAAGCCAGCUUAUCAACGCCGACACGCUCGAGGUCCGACAGAGCGUCGAUAUGGCGUAUGAGAAGAUCGUGCAGACGAUGUUUGAUUCGCUUAAGCAGAUGGCGAAGAUGGACGGUGAGGGCGAGGAUAAGGGGCAGUUGAACUAUCACGUCAUCCUCAUCGAGAAUAUGCAUUACUUUGUUGCCGAGAUUCGACAGCAGGAGAUCGGCUCUGUUAUUGCAUUCUCGAGACGUGCAGAGAAUUUGUACGACGAGAACCUGAACGCCUACGUCAAAAUCGUCCUCCGCCGUCCUUUCUACAAGAUCAUCGACUACUUCGACGGCGUCGAACGCCUCCUCAAAACCACCGCGCCCACCGAAGUCUCCAGCAACAGCAGCUACAACCGCUCCUCGCUCAAAAAGAUCGUCAAAGAAUACAACUCGAAAGACAUCCGCAAACAAGUCGACGCGCUCUUCAAGCGUGUCGAGAAGCACUUCGACGAGGCCGAAGAGAAGGCGACGACGGAGCAGAGCAGCGGGAUCGUGCCCGGGACGGUCAUGGUGGGUGUUUGGAAGGCGUGCGAGGAAGAGCUGUUGAGGAUCACGGAGGUGUUUAAUAAGCGGAUUUCGCAGUGUUAUGCGAAUACGGGCGUUGCUUUGGAGUAUAGUGCGGCCGAUGUCGAAGCGGCGUUCAAGCGGCAUCGGGUGGGCUCGUGA